UGGUCUUUAUGCUUUCCUUGUCGCCUUGCUCUGUUUCUUUUGUUCUUCGAAUGCCCUGACGACAGCUCUGCUUCCUCCAUUUUUCGACUACCUCUUGGAAUCAACUACUGUUCCACUCUCCCGUGCCUCCACGUGAUCAUUUUCCAUGAUUCUUCUUCUUCUUCUUCUUCAUGAACAAGCAAUACAAUCCAGUUUUGAUUUCCACUUUGCAGGAUUUGUUCGAUUCCUUGCUGUUCCGAAGCGCCUGUUGCCUUUUUUUGCUCUGUUGGAUACCUCACCUCAUUUCUUUGAUUCUUACAGGUGCAUUUAUUUACAUGUCUUUUAAACCUUCGAUGAUAGCCCACCAUCCGCAAAUCCAACAGUGAUUUUCGAUGAUUCACUUGGAGAGAGUGAGCUUUACUGUUGAGCUGCCAAAGUGGAUCCAAGCAUAGAUGAAAGUCAUGGAUGUCACAAUUAGGAAAGCAUGACCAGUGCUCAUGGAAGAUAUCCAAGGGCUUACCGAGAAUGUGCUCUCAAAUGGAGAUGUAUAUAUUGGAAAUUUUAAAGAUGGGCUGCCACAUGGGAAGGGAAAGUACACUUGGUUUGAAGGAACGAUUUAUGAGGGUGAUUGGGAAGAUGGAAAGAUGGCAGGUAAGGGAAAGAUUAUCUGGCCAUCAGGAGCAAAAUAUGAGGGUGAUAUCUCUGAUGGUUCUCUCCAUGGUUUUGGCACCUUCAACUAUUCUGGUGGAUCUAUCUAUAGCGGAGCUUGGAGGAUGAAUAUUCAUCAUGGGAUAGGACGAAAGAUAUAUACUAAUUUAGACAGUUAUGAAGGUUCUUGGAAAGAAGGUAAACCUGAAGGUUGUGGUAGACACUUCUGGAGUUCUGGAAAUUCUUAUAUUGGGAACUGGAAGGGUGGGCAAAUUUGUGGUAAAGGGAUUAUGAAAUGGGUAAAUGGUGAUUAUUUCAUUGGGUUUUGGUUGAAUGGAUUUAGACAUGGAUCUGGAGUCUAUCAUUUUGCUGAUGGUGCAUAUUACUUUGGAUCAUGGAGUAAAGGUCUCAAGGAUGGAAAAGGAACAUUUUAUCCAGCUGGAAGCAAACCACCAUCACUGGAGAAGUGGCAUAACUUUCUUGGCUAUGAUAUUGAUGGAAAAGGUUUUUUAUCUCGUACGCUUUCACUAAAUUCAGAGAAAGAAAAAGCUCUCAGGCGUGGUCUUAAACACAGCUUUUCAGAGAGGAUUUCUCACACUGGAAUUUCAAAUCCAGGAGGACUAUCAAAUUGGCCUACAUGGAUGGAUGAAAAUUGGGGAUUAAGUGAUCCAAGUCGAGAACCAUCAGGUGAUAAAUAUUCUCAUGUUGUGUCACAUACCUCAGAUCAAGGUCAACAUAAUGUGUUGCCACAUAAUGAUAGAAUGGCUUAUGAAAGGGAAUACAUGCAAGGAGUCUUGAUACAAGAGAGGGUUAAGGACUACAAAAAACUACUGCACAGAAGCAAGAAACAGAAGAAAACGACAGUCAAAGAAGCGAAGAAGGUGUCAUGUGUUAACUUCUCUGAAAGUCAUCGCAGCUUCUAUUUAAUGCUAAAUUUGCAACUUGGUAUAAGGUAUUCUGUUGGUAAGCUUACUCCAGUUCCUAUGCGUGAAGUUCGAUCUUCUGAUUUUGAAAGACGGGCUAGAAUGGUGAUGUACUUCCCUCGAAAGGGCUCUCAGUUUACGCCUUCACACUAUUCUGUCGACUUUUGUUGGAAAGACUAUUGUCCUAUUGUUUUCAGGAAUUUGAGAUUGAUGUUCAAACUAGAUGCAGCCGAGUAUAUGAUGUCCAUAUGUGGUGACGGUGGUCUUAGGGAACUCUCGUCUCCUGGGAAAAGUGGAAGUAUCUUUUACCUUUCUGAGGAUGAUAGAUUUGUGAUCAAGACUCUGAAGAAAUCUGAGUUGAAGGUUUUGCUCAAAAUGCUUCCUAAGUAUUAUGAUCAUGUAAAAGAAUAUGAAAAUACUCUCAUUACAAAAAUUUUUGGUCUCCAUCGCAUAACAAUUAAUGGUCGGAGCAAGGUACGCUUUGUGGUCAUGGGAAACAUGUUAUAUACAGAAUUAAGAAUUCACCGCCGUUAUGAUCUGAAGGGCUCAACUCUUGGGAGAUUUACUGAUGGAGAUAAACCCAAAGAUGUUAUAACAAUGAAGGAUCUCGAUUUGUCGUAUGAAUUCCAUAUGGACAAAUUAUUACGACAAUCCCUUUUCAAACAAAUUUCUCUCGACUGCAUGUUCUUGGAGUCUCUGCACAUAAUUGACUAUAGCCUACUGCUAGGAGUGCAUUUUCGAGCUCCUGAGAUACUGAAGACUUUGUUGGAACCGCCUGCCACAGCUCAUGAUCAUGCAGGUGAGUCUUCACAGGGCGAGUCAACGGUUCCUUCGAAGGCCCUAAUGCUUGUAACACAUGAACCUAGCAAUGUAACCACUGCCCCAGGUCCUCACGUCAGAGGAGGACCGUUGAAGGCAUACUCAUUAGGUGACAGUGAAGUUGAUGUAUUACUCCCUGGUACAGCAAGAUUUCGCGUGCAGUUGGGAGUAAACAUGCCUGCCCAGACGAGUCACAAGCUUGUUGAAAACGAGCCGGAGUCCUCAGAAGUAGAACUUUUCUAUGAUGUAGUUCUUUACAUGGGGAUAAUAGAUAUACUGCAAGAAUACAAUGUGAAAAAGAAGCUCGAGAAUGCGUACAAGUCCUUACGAUAUGACCCUCUUUCAAUAUCGGUCGUGGAACCUCAUUUGUAUGCCGCUCGAUUCAAAAGUUUCUUGGAGAAGAUCUUCCAUGACUUACCAUGAAAAUUGUAAGUAAACCAUCUUGUCUUUGUGUUCUGUUUGAGUUGUGCUGUCUCUUUGGUUUGGUUUGGUUGUGCUUGUUGUUUUCAGUCAUUCAUUGUAAAGAUAAGUAAAUGCUUAUACAAUAAAUUGACCAUAACUUUAUAUAGC